ACAUCAUAAAAGAUGUUCCUAUGUCUUUAGCGAGGCCGUAAGAUUUGAAAGUCUAGUGUUUACCACAUGUAGUAUUGCACAUGUAGUAUUGGUUUUCUAGAUGUCAUCAUGGUAGAAGAUAAAAAGCGAAAAAAGCACAAGGCUAAGCUUGAUCUGAGUGUGUCUUCAGUAGGAAGUGACAAUGAAUCAAGUGCAAAAAUGAAACGCAAUCGAAAGAGAAAGAAGAAGAAGAAGAGAAAUGACUCAGAGAUUGAAGAAUCUACAGAUGUCGGGCCUGUGGCAAAUGAAGAAACCUCAGACAUAGUGGCCAAGACUGAUGACACUGAUAAUAGCAUGGAAAUUGACACAGGCUGGACGGUAGAGGAUCAGGAAACCCUUUUGGAACACAUGCUCUCACUGUUGCCAAGCAGAAACAACCUUACUUAUAGUGUACAGAUGAAAAAACUGGACUGGGCAACAAUUGCCUUUGGGGCACACACUGGCGACGAUUGUCAGAAUAUGUGGAGAACCAUUCUGAGGCAGCUGAACAAGUAUCGUACACUGGAAGUUGUAAUUUCCGAAGCAAAGGCAAUGAUCAGCGAUCCUGAUUAUGUAAUCCUAAAGAAAGACUUUGCUCCGAAAAAACCAGUUGGAGUACUUAUGGGAUAUGUGAACGAUCAUCAGGAAAAAUAUAUGAAAAAACAUCCGACAGCAACCCGAAAGCAGGCCUGUGAAGUGCUUUCCAAAAAGUUUUCAGCUCUAUCAGAAAGCAAAAAGGAAAAAUAUGUCGAGGAUUAUGAACAAAAACUGAGUUUGUACAAAGUUCAGCUUGAGAAGUACAGGGCAAAGCACAAUAAGAAUGAUGCAACUCGGAAACCACCAGGGCCAGCGCCAACCAUUCCAGCAAGUGGCCGAGAUCUAUUCAUCAUAACGAAGUAUCAUGAGUUUGAGGAAACACAUCCCACCAUGGCCAGUCUAAAAGCAAAGAAGAAUGAACUAGCACAAGAAUGGCAAGAAAUUAGUGAUAAGAAAAAGUGGAAUAAGUGGAUAAAAAAAUUUUACAAGCACAAAGAUGAAUAUGAGCAACAAGAAAAAGACUGGAUGCAGUCACAUCCUAGAUACAAACCAAAACUAAAAUCGGGUAUGUCUAUGGUGGAACAGAGAAUACGUAACAAAGUCCUAGGGAAACCGCUUCCAGUGAGAUAUCCCUUUGAUUUGUAUUACAAUACAAAGGCAAAAGAGCUACAAAACAUGAGAGAAUCCGAGAAGAGAAAAUGUAUAGGAAAAAAGUGGAAAGCUAUGUCUUUAAAAAAGCGUUCCAAAUGGAAUAAAAGGUUCAUACAGGCAUCUGUGCAGUACAAGCAAGAACUUGCUGGGUUUUUAGAGAAGCUCUCUCCAGAAGACAGGGAGGCAAAGACUUCUAUCAGGAGUCGUAACAAAAAGAUACAUUUGUUUCAAGGCGCGCCAAAGGCACCUCCAGCGUCUUCCUACCAUCUGUUUAUAUCUGACCAAUUACAUGAAAAGGUUGAUAUUCAGAAUGCAAAUAGGAAGUGGAGCAAGCUGGAUUUAGCUGACCGACCUUUGUAUGACGAUAGGCUGGAUGGCCUGUGGAAAAGUUAUGAAUCACAGCUAAAUGACUAUAUAAAGACACUUUCAGCACAAGAUGCGGAUCAGUUUCAAUUGGCUCUCCCUCAGGCUGUUAAACGAUACCUUCAAAAGCAUCAUCACCAGUUCAAAGGUGCACCAAAGAAACCCCCUCAGGAUCCAUACCGGUUCUUCAUCCAAAAAAUGUGUCAGGCAAAUAAACGGGCAGAUUUUGCUUCACUAGCAAACACAUGGAAAUUGUUCAGUGGAGAAGAGAGGCAGGUCUAUGUAACAGACUGGAGGAAUCUUCAGAAAGAGUACAAAGAUGACACAGUGAGGUACACUGAGGGCUUGUCAGAGAAGGAUCGCAUAAAAUACCAACAGCUGCUGGAGAACCAAUCUCGAAAGAAGGGUAGAAGUAGAGGGGAAGCCGAGGUAGCAACACAAGAGUGCAGUAAGAAAGAUAGAGAGCAUACCGACUCAGGAAGUGAGACAGAUCCCGCAGAAUAUGCAAUCUCUGGCCUGGAUUUGAUGGCGCCCCGCAGAGACAUUAAAAUUAAUAAACAGAUACCCUUAGAAGAUGAUCUAUAUUCAGAGCCCGACUCUGAUAUUGCCUUUCCCUUAACACAAAAGGCGGUACCACAGAAUGAAGCAAAAUCUGUCAAUAGCCCCCAAAAGAGAAAAAAAGGAACAUCUUCCAAAUCAAGCAGUGAUUCGGAAACGUAACGUCAGUGCGAUACUCCCAGCAAAUAUGGCCACAUUAGUCAUUACCUCAAAAGGUAGCGACGCAUUUCAACUAUCCUCUAGUCUCCCUAAAUUUUACCCAGCAGGACUGUCACACUCAAGUAGCAAGUCGGAAUUGGACAUGGAAAAGUUGAGAGGAUAAUGUGAGACCAAUGUGUGUGAGUGCGUGUGCGCAUCUGUGUGUGCGUGCAUGUGCGCGACAGUGUAUGUGUGCGUGUGCGCG